AAACUCUGCAGGGACCGACGCGGCUGACAGGUGGGAGGAUGUUGACAUGAAACAACAUCUCAGUGAACACUUGGCCUGUUGAAAUUACUGACGCCGACAAAGGAAGAAGAAGGAAAAUAAAGCGUCCUGCCUCUACUGUGAAGACUGGGCACCCAUACAGCAAAUCCUGCAAUCCUGACAUGAUGGGGCCCUCAAUCAACUUUGCCCUUGCAGGAGCUCUUAGAAGACACCUCACCACUGCUCUGCAUCUACUUGCAUUGUUAGUAGCAGUGAAAGCCCACGGGCCGCUGGCGAUAGUCCCCCUGGACUGCCAUAAGACCUGUGUGUGCGCUAGUGAUGUCAUCAGUUGUUCCAAUGCAAGUCUCAAAAGUGUUCCCACAGCUCUCCCUCAGUAUACAGCUGUUCUGGACCUCAGCUUCAACUCCAUCACCAAACUGCGUGCUGAGUGGACCCCAGUCCAUCUCAGCAGACUGCACAGUUUAAUACUCAAAAACAACGGCCUCACUUUUCUCUCCUCAGAGGCGUUUGUGCACGUGACAAAGCUGCGUUACCUGGACCUCUCCUCUAACGGCCUCCGUCUGCUGGAUGAGUUCAUCUUUGAGCCAUUGGAGGACCUUGAAGUCCUGCUACUUUACAACAACAGCAUCUCUCAAAUCGAUCGCUCGGCCUUCUCUGGCCUGAACUCUCUGCAGCGGCUCUACCUCAGCCGGAAUCAGAUCUCGCGCUUCCCCUUGGAGCUGGUGAAGGAGCAAAGCAGGUGGGACACCCUUAGAGUAAUGGAUGUUUCCUCCAACAGGAUUAAAGCGCUGCCCCUGCAUGAGCUUCAGCUUCUGCCGGCCUGGAUCAAGAAUGGUUUAUACUUCCACAACAACUCACUGACCUGCAGCUGCGAGCUGCACGACCUGGUGGCACGGUGGUUCCUCAAGGAGCUUAGCUCUGCCACCGACUUCACCAGCAUCCAUACGUGUGUGAUACCAGGUCAGCGGAAGGAAAUUAUGCCCAUACUGGAUUUGGACAAAGCCUAUCUAAACUGCAGUAAGGUGACUGUAUUAAAGAAAGAGGCCCAUCUUGAGCAGUAUGUGGUCCUGGACUGUGAUGCCAGGCAGAAGGAUAUGGUGAAAAGAUGGGAACUGCCAGGAAACAUCCCUCUGGCUCCAGAAAACCAGACUGCCGUCAUGCUCUCUGACGGCAGCCUCCGCCUCGGGCCCCUGAAAGCAGAGGACUCAGGAGUCUACACUUGCCACGCUACAAGCGAUUCUCUCAAUGAAACACUGUUCAUAACCGUGGUGGUUUUUAACUCUACCGUGAGUGGUGGACUGGAGAAUCUAAAAACAGCCUACACUACCCUUGUAGCAUGCCUGGUCAGUAUAGUUUUGGUCCUCAUCUACCUCUAUCUCACCCCCUGCUGCUGUGCUUGCUGCCCGGGUCAAGAUAUGGAGAAAGAAGAGCCCAGAGAAAGCCUCCACUCCUCAACCAUCAGCGUCUCUCAGGCAUAUGAAGAGACGGGGCAACAGAGGGGGGCGAGUGGCGGCUUCCCUUACAGGCAUGCAGCUCUGCUGGAACACAAGGAUCCUCUGGAGCAGAACGGGAAGUUGAACCCAAUAGGUGAAGAAGAAGAGGAGUGGCAGGGAGACAACAAGGAGAGAAGGAGAUCGGAUGCAGAGUCCGUCAGCUCUGAUACUCCCAUGGUGGUAUAAGAACCAGCACCGGCGUGGAAGGACAGCAACAGAUGAUGAAUGUGUGCAAAACUGAAAACAAAAGCUUUAAUAGGCUCUUGUACUGGCUCUACUGAAAUGUUAUAUACUGGUACUCGAUUGUUGAAACAUCUGUAUGAAAGCAAUUAGAGAAAAAACAACCCAAACAUACAGAACACCCUUCCAGUGUGGAAAACUGUUGUUUAAAUAGUUAGCAUGCCAUAUUUCAAUGAAUGCUUUUGCUGUAUCUCACGACUGAAAAUUGAUAAUUGAUCAAGGUCCCAUAGAGUAGAGAACAGACAUCAGAUGUGAUGUCAAUGGAUAAAAACAACAUAUAUGUAGUCAAGAGUGGAAAAGGACAUUGUAAUUUUCAAAAUGUCCUUUUGAAAGCUGUUAGGUUAGAAUAUAAGAGCUUGACGCCUUGUUUGCAUAAAAAAGCCACAGAGAAACUCCAACAACUGAGAGACAAAUAGCAUGAAAACAUCUUUAUGGUCUUCUUGGGCAUGAUUUGCAUUUAAAUGUCCAGAUUGAGCACAUGAAAUAGGGCUUUUAUGCAGCAGGAAAUAUGGUGCUGGGAGGAGAGUGUUGCCUGAAAAUGGAGCUCAUUUUUAUCCAAAGCACUUUGAAUUUAAUUAUUUGUGGAACUUGUUUAAAGUUUUAGUUUUGCAUGUCAUGACUUUUUGUAUUAAUCAUCAAAGAACAUGCCAGAAAGGACCACUCUCAUGUAAUUGGAUCAACCUAAUUUAUUUUAGAUACAAGUGAGAUUUAACUGGAAAGUAACUGUGGCCUUCUUCAGAGUGAUUUUAAAUGUAAUUUUGCUGUAAUUCCAAUGAUAUAAUACUUUACACAUUUGUGCUUUUGAUAGUUUUUGCUCUAAAUUUAGCUCAAACCCCGUCUCCCUGAUAAGAAAAUCAAAAAUGAUCAUUUCUAAAUGAGUUCAGUUGAAUCAGGUGUGUUGGAUAAGGGAAGCAUUUGUCGUAAGGGCUCCGAAAAUCAGAAGACUCAAAAGCGGGAUGGGUGAGAAGCAAUAAGUUAAACAAAAACUCAGAGCUGGGUCUCUGGAAAAGACACAGAGAAGUCCCACAGCACCCACGGGGAGAAGAUGAACUAAAAAAAAACAAAACAAAAACAGGAUUUCAGGGGAAUUUCAGGAUGAACAAAAACUCAUCUGCAAAGUGGGACUUGGUGGAUUCCUCAGAGCUUCAUGUCAGAAGUCUAAUGGGCUGGCAAGGAGUGGAGAGCAGGAGCUCAGAUAUAAGCUGGCAGGAUGAGAUGAGGAUAAGGGUCAGGUGUGACCCCUUUAAGGAAUAAAGGUGAUAGAAAGAAAAUCAGGGGCAAUACUGCGCCACAACACGCAGGGAUAAACCUCCUAAGUCCCUUCAUGGUUGGAGCAAAAACUGUUUUUCCAUAUUUACACAGCAUCUCGUCUGAAUCACACAGAUAAACAAUCAGGGUUUUGUGUGACACGGUUCAUGUGAUGAGUGCUGCAACAGUUAGCAUGUGACAUAGCCCUAGGUUUGUGUCGAAACAGGGACGUUCUGUGGGAAGAAAUCAAAAUAACCACCUGCUCCAAAAGCGUGGAUAUAUCUGAAACAGUGUCUGUUCGAAGCCUGAAGGCGGUUUUGAGGUUUUCACUGUUUUAGAUGGUUAAAAUUGGCUUCUCUACAGCCUUCAUUCUCAGUAACUGUUAGCUUCGCUUCCCAUCGGUAUUCCUCCUUGAGACUCCAAACUGAAAUCACUGUGACUGCCGACUACUGCAGGUAACUGCUUCUUCACUUCAGCCAUCCCAGCUUUAAAAGGAAGUCACACAUUAUUUUUUUCAGUUCUCUUUUCUAUGUAACCCGUUUACAGUUGCUUUUGACCCUCUCCUCACUUUAGCAUACCUUUUUCUAUGAAUUCUGAGCGAUUCAAUUUAUUAACUUUACCUUCCUUGCACCCUUAGUAUGAUGUGUUAAAUGACUUUCCAACAGAUAAUGAAAGUGUACUGUACAUCAUGCAAUAAUGGCACUUCAGAGUUGCUGGGAAGUAUUGCCAAGAGGGACAUAAAUGAGAGCAAGUACCAUCCACUAAAUGCUUCUGUGCAUUAGUGCCCAACCCUAGCAAAUCAGCCAGAAGUCUCAUAAACAAGGUUAGAAAUGGCAGCUGCUGGUGCACCCAGUAGUGUUACAACAGAAUUUGUAGUAUUUCAAGCAGAUGUCUUCAUAGUAGUUGCAAUGUCAAUAAUGAAAAUACUUAGAAGACAUGUUGUAAUAACUUUGAAAGAAGUUCUAGCCUCUCUGUAAACUAUAAUAUAGAUAUAGAUAUAAAACACAAAACACACACACACUAUGGUAGUCUACAACAAGCCAGACAACAUAACAAGAAAACAUGCUAAUGUCUAGAUUGUAGGUGUGUUAAAUGUAUAAGAAUACAAACUUCUGUUUUUAUUGUGAAGAGACGAUAAUGAUAUACUGUACAUCCUCGCCUGUCAUGGUGCUUUCUCAAAAUAAUUUACACGAUCGUUUACAUGAGAUGAAUGAAUGAACUCAUGAAGCAGAUGUGCCUAAGAGAACUGAAGCCUUGGAAAUGAUCUGGACAUUGUGAACACUGUUUUGCAAUUUAAGUAGCCAUGUUUUUUUCUUGUUUUUACUCAGAAAGUCACUGAUAAUAACCAAAGACGUGCGUAUACGUGAAUUGAAUAAUCAGUGCAGUUGUUCUGUCUGUAUUAUGUUGACAUCAUGUGCUGUAAUACUGCAUUAGUGACAAGUCAUCCAGUCCUGUUUAAAGAGUUAGUGAUUUAUUAUUUCAUGUAUCAGCUCUUGUUUAUAAUCGUGUUACUCUUGUACAUCAUAAACAGCUAAAAUAAACUUAAAGGUAUUAACAUCUACUAUAGGCUGUGAGGUGAAUGCACCAAAUAUGUCAGAUACAAACGCUGCUCACAUGCACAAAGAGUACAGUAAGAUCCUAGUUAUCUCGGCUUAGGAUCGAGACUUUUAACAGGAGGAGACCACCCAGUUUCUGUUUUACACUAAUGACGCAGACUUUUUCACUCGGGGCUGAAAUGAGAGACCACACAGAUCACUGGAGCAGUAACAGAGUUGUAUUGUUUGCUUCUGUCAUGCUUACUUCUAGGAAUAUUUGGCAUUUCUGAAUUUUAUGCCCUUAUUUGGAUCACUGGCUACACAGUUCCCAAAGAAAAUGGUACCUCAAGGGCUUAAUGAGUGGCAUCAUAUUCAGAACUCUUCAAAUGCAUACAUCUGUUUGUUGUGACCUUACAAUAUAAAGAAAAUAUAUUGGAUUGGAUUUGAGAUUGUAACCUCACCUGCCAGGCUACACUUUCACUCUGCGGGCAUGAUCAUGUUACUAUGUUUACCUAAAGUACAUGUAAAACCAGCCAUUUGAUUAUUGGACCAUUUAGAAAAACCAGCACAAUGCAGUCUUGAGUUUGAAAUUAUUCAUACUUAUAAAUAGAAACACAUGCUAAGAUAGUUGUUGUGAGUCUAUUCAUUGUGUGCACAUGAAUGAGAGCUGACGAAUGGAUCCUAUUUGGGUGUGAAAUCACAGAUUAUAAUUAGAACAAAUACAGCAGCCUGAAGAAAGGCUCAGAUCAGUGCACAUCAGACACAUGAG